AUGAAGAUCCCAGAAGAGGCGUAUGAGGAGUGCCCUCCCUCCCCGAUUUCCCACAUAGAGAUAGAAGAGAUCCCCGUGAAGAAGAGAAAGACCCGGCGGAGGAAGACUCUUCCAAAAUACGUGAGGCACAAGGAAUUGAUGGAAAGAGACGCAAAUAGCCUAACUCCAAGGCAGCUGCUUAUGAUCAUGAAGAAAAAAGGGGAAGUGACAGAAACCGUUCUUGAACUCGAAAGGGAGACAAAGCAACUCCUCAACAAAAUACUCCCGUACACAACCAGAAAAGAGAGCGCAAGCACACAGAAAAAACAAAAAAACAAAACGGCCAGCAGUAACAGCAGUACUAAUGGCAGUGAAGUAGUUAGUAGUAAUAAUAUGGUUAGCAAUAAUAAUGACGUAGUUAGCAGUACAACCAAUGAAGUAGUUAGCAAUAAUAAUGACGUAGUUAUUAAUAAUAAUAAUGAGGUAGUUAGCAAUAAUAAUAAUGAAGUAGUUAUUAAUACAACUAGUGAAGUAGUUAGCAAUAAUAAUGACGUAGUUAUUAAUACUAGUGAAAUAGUUAAUACUAAUAAUGAACCAGUUAGUACUAGUGAAGUAGUUAAUACUAAUAAUGACGUAGUUAGUACUAAUAAUGAAAUACUCUGUAAUACAACCAAUGAAGUAGUUAGUACUAAUAAUGACGUAGUUAAUACUAGUGAAGUAGUUAACACUGCACUGCGCAGGCAAGAGUCUAAUGGGACUGCGAGAUGCUGCAGUGCUUCUAGCCAGAAACUGCGUGAUUCUGUCUCUUUCAGGCUGAAAAUACCCUGCGACUUCGGGAUACUCCCCAGCCCAAGAGAGAACAUUCGCUCGUUCUCUGCCCUCCAGAGAGCCCUCCAGAGAGAAGCCUCUUUGCACACCUGCAGCAAAAAGACCCUUCUCCUUUCACAGGCAGCAAAGGCCUCUGCUCUCGCCCACUCUCCACUGAAUCACGCGCAUAGAGCCACCCCGCAGGAACUGUCUCGUUCAAUUCAGGCAUACGCGAAUAUAUCGCAAAAUAGAGCCUGCUGUGUCUAUUCAGCAAAAGCCCCCGUAAAGUAA